CCACGCGGCUUCGUCUGUCUGCCGUCAGGCUCCCAAGCAGUUGGUGACUUCGAACUUGCGACCCUGAUUAGUUUCCCAUCCCCCGUCUCCCAUGUCCUCCACGGUCCCCUGAAAAUAUCUUAAAACAUCGUCAGGAUCAGACACUCACACCCACCGUUCCGUUCCAAACCGAGUCAUCCACUACCAUCUAUUUGUCCCACUUCCUCUGCCCUUUCUCUGCCAACUGCACACUCCACGCUAUGAAUUUCCCCACUGAGUAUCGAGGACACCGCAAGACUACCGCUUAAGGAGGCAUCUCAGGAGGAUAGAACUACGUAAUCUGCCAUCGAAAUCACUGUCGCUGCCAUGCUGCGAAGCCAAUUGAACGAGAAUGGCCCUUCGCAGCCUUUGUUGGAGGCCGGAACGGGAAUGGAAACUGGAAUUGUAGAUGGAGGGGAUUUGUUGGGAAUCACAGAGUGCCGGCCAACAUCGAGAUCCUCCUCCAAAGGUCGCUCUCUGUCGCUUUCUGACCAAGAGCCUCCUGCGUUGUCGCCAUCGCCCAAAUUCCGUGAACCAGACAAGAGGACAUCGAAGGAUGACAGUGCUUUGCUCACAAACAGUCCGACGACGCCUCGACGACCGGCCUUUCCAGUGCGCGGCCUUUCGUUGCAGAUGCCCGCACGCGAUUUGAUGUCUCCAAACACGUCGGCGUAUGUGAAUCGUGUGCCCCUCUCUCCUAAACUCGAUCACUCGCAAACAUUUGGUUCUCCUACAAGCGUCCUUCCCCGUCGCUCUCGCGGUCUGGAUUUCUCGAGAGCAGCAACGAACCUGCAUCAUUCUACCUUGGCGGAACAGUCCUCCCCCGAUUCCUCACCCACCAUUUCUGGCCGUGCGAUGAACAUACCUAAUAGAAAGAAUGGACAUAAUUUUAUGAAUGGACCGGAUUCACUCCAUUUGAGUUCUCUGUGGUCGACUAUGGCUAAUACAGACCGCCCCGGCAUCUCGAGUUCGUUAGGAAGCGUGAACAUGAUGUGCACCGAUUCAUCCAGCAAUAGCUCGGACGACGAAGACCUUAUGGAUGCCGAUGAUAUCGAUGACUCUAUUCUUACCACACCGCAGAUCGGGAGGAUGAGCGCCCCCUUUGGUGCACCUGUACAACCAAGUCCAGGAAGUGGAUGGCUUGGACAAUCGCCCGCAGUUAGCAGCCUUAUGAAUUUCCAGCGCCGAACAUUACGCCAUGGCAAGAACAGAAAGGGCUCUAUGAGUGGAAAUGGCAACUCGAGUGGAAACUCGAUGGCAAACUCCAUCUCCAAGUCGCCUCCCACCACUCGGAGUAUCGAUAGCAUGGGCAAUAAUUUUAUUGGGCGCGACACAACCGCAGACGGCAUGCAUUCGAGGAGAGACAGUAUAAGUUGGGCAGCAACCCAGCUGCAUAUAUCUGGCAAUGAAAGCGAUGAUGGCUUGAAGUCUACAUUGGAAAACCCAGAUAGUUUACCUGCCCCUGUCACUCCAAAUCGUGUGGGGGUCAUUCGCAGAGCCGUUACUAGGAGGGGUAACAUGCUGGUAAGCAACAUCAUAGUCCCCGCUAUCAUGCCUAACUGCUAACCUACUAUCUUAUAGCCCAAGACGAAGAACUUUGCUCGAAUUGCAGCGGCCCUCGCUGAAGAAACCGCACCUGUCGAAACUGAAGUUCGCCGAGAGGCUGAAGUGGUACGUCAAACCCGAGAAAGCGAUAUGGAUCUAGAACCUAUACGACGCAACUCAGUAUCUGCGAACACAACUACACAAUCUUCUCCAAUUUUAGGUCCUAGUCAAGAUUCGCUGGAGGGUAUACCAGAAGAUGACAUAAUGGCGGAUGUAUCGUCGACACUCUCGAGUAGCUUUAAACAACAUGCGAUGCGCAACUCGAAAGGAAAGGAUUAUUGGGACACAUUUGCAGAUGAAAAGAAUCGUACCCCACCACCAUUUCUUCCACGACCAUCUUCCUCCGGUAUAAGUGAGGACAUUUUGUUGGACUCUCCUACGCCACCCAUUUUCGGAGGCAGCGAUCGUCGUCACUCAUCUCCUUCUAGAUCCUCAACACCUCAACCUACACAUACAGAAAUGACACAAAAGAUGAAUAGGAAGCGCCGUAGAGAUGAUGAUCUUGAUCCGUCAAGUUUCAAACGAAGAGCAGUCAGUCCGGGAAUGAGUGCGCACAAUAGCCCAGUCAUGCAAAGCCCAAUGCAGAGAGAUCUUUGGGGAUCCCGCCCUUCCAGUAACGGAGACUCAAAGUCUGGCACUAAUGGUACUCUAAAACGAGUUGGGUUCCAGGGAAUGGUUGAUACCAAUGACGGUUUGAUGAAGAUGAGUAUCGAGUAACCUUUCUUUAUCUCUUACUACUACGAUAGCGGGUAGGCUCGUAAAUUGCUUUAGCGUCGGCGCAUUGGGAAGGAGCAUUACACAUAUGGGCUAAGGGAGAAAAAGUUACUACUGGGCAUAUGAACUACUUUGUAAUUAAUUGAACGGUUAUUCAAUCACAUAUAUUUUGGAAGAGCUGCAGCAUUGUUUUUGAC